UGCAAAAUCAAAACAUCGGCUUCAGAAUCGAUCAACACUUCAACAAAACAGCAUCGCUUUGGGCUUUGGUGCGAUAAAUUAAAAGUAAAUUCAACUAGUUUGCUCAACUCGUGAAGGCGCGUUAAUCUUUCGUUACAAUCGUUUUUUUUUUUGUAAUAAAAGUGUCCAUUUGCUGAUGAUGAACCCGUGAUCAGCAAACCGGAAUCCAAAAAGUCUUCAUUUUUGACGCGUCUGUGCCCUGCCGGGGAGGAAAGGAAAAGGUUCAGCGUGGCGGAGACAAGCAGGAAGAAAAAGUGACGGCUCUGUCAAAAAAGUCAAUAAAAAUUUUCCUCCCAACCAGAAGGAGGUUCAGGAGUGUUGAUCAAUUUCUAAGUUGUUUCCAGCAAAUUUGCAGUGUGAAAUUUGCAGCCAAAGGAAAAAACGGUCUCUCUCCGUUCAUGCAGGAAGUGUAGUGGUGGCCGGGGUGAUUGCAAACCGCGCAAAACAGUGAACGAAUUACACGCAAGAGUAAACCCUCCCUCGCCCCGGAGAGAGAAAGUCGAACGGGGAAAACAGGCGAGCGAGCAAAAUGACGCUGCACCCGUGGUUGCGGCGCCGCGAAAGUGGCCUCCCGGUGCGGUUUGGCGACGGGGACGCCGUCCACCGGGCCAUCUACUGCUCGCUGGAGCCCAAGAAGAGCUGGAACGACCAGCCGAACGCGUGCAACACCUGCGAGUACUAUGGCGGAGCGUACAAUCUCGAGUUCUCGCCGGAUGGGUCAAUCCUGGUGGCAGCCUGCGAGAAAAAAACGAUCGUGCUGUUUGAUCCGAUUACCGAAAAGCAAAUGUGCACCAUCAAGAACGCCCACAACGACAGCGUCAACUGCGUCAAGUUUCUCGACAAUCGGAUGUUUGCGACGUGCUCGGACGACACGACGGUGGCCCUGUGGGACACCCGAAAUCUCAAGUCCAAAAUCCGCAGCCUGCACGGCCACUCGAACUGGGUGAAGAACAUUGAAUACUCAAAGAAAGACUGCCUCCUGGUGACCUCCGGCUUCGACGGAUCCAUCUUCACGUGGGACAUCAACAGCUACACCGAGCAUGGGUUCGUGUACCAGAAGGUGUUCCACACGCCCGGCCUGAUGCGCUGUCGGCUUGUUCCGGACGAGAACAGACUCGUAAUAUGCACAACCGGCGGAUAUCUCAUCAUCAUCCACAACCUCAACCUGGCCUCGCUGGCCAAAGAUCUGCGGGGGUUCAGGCCGAACCUGUACCGACUGAUGCAGCUGCGGCACCAGUUCAUCCCGAACGCGGCCCGCUACGACCACGCUUUCUCCAAGAAGCAAAAGUACAACCGCGUCGAGCUGGUUAGCGAUUUUCCGGAAGGCAACGACGCGGAAGUCAUCAGCUCCCUGCAGAUUCACCCGCAAGGCUGGUGUGCGCUCAGCAGGAAUAUGAGCUACGACGAAAGUUCGGAAUGGAGUUGCGUGCAUGAUAUUCAGGAGAUCGCGCUGGAUGACGACGUGGACAGCGACAGCGAGGAGGACGCCGCCGCCGGCCAGGAGCAGAACCAGGACGCUUCGACAGCCGGCGAGGGUGGAGGCGGUGGUGGUGGUGGUGGAGGAGGUGCGGUAGCGGCCGCUGCUGCCCUCGUAAACGCGGCUGUUGGGGAACCAGCAGAACCGAACAAUGCGAACGGUAACCGUAUUAGCGUAAACAACCAGGGCAACAUUGAUUUCCCUGCGCCGAACUCGGACAUUUGGGCGGCCGAGGUGUCGCUGCGAAAUCGGAAUCUCCGAGUCGAGAACACCCGGUCGCUCAAUAUGGCCAACGUGUACGGCAUCACGAGCGGGUUGAUUCCGCUGCCGACGGCGGAACACCAGCAAAAGUACCAGCAGAGCAUUACGGUGAACGUGAACCGAAUGUUGUACUACAUUGAAGAGCCCAACAAGGGCAAGGGUUUCAUCAAGGAACCGUGCUUCUCGUCCGACGGGCGGGUCAUCUUCCCGCACGGUUACGGUAUCCGACUGUUGGCGUUCAACGCUCAGUGUAACGAGCUGCCAUUCAUUACGGACCGACAGGACGAAGUGGCCGCGCCAAAGCCACUGUACGAAAUCAAGACAAAGCACUGUCACUCGGACGUGGUCGUUAGUAGUAAGUUUAGCCCAAAGUUCCCACUGCUCGUAUCGGGAUGUCUGCGGGGCAAAAUUGUGUGGCACCAACCGGUACUGUAAACAAACCGUUUAAUUUAUAUCUGUAUACUUUUAUGAGUGUGACACGCGGCGGAAAGUAUGUCCGGAACCGGAGUGAACGGAAUAGUGUGCGAGCAAUAAACUGAGAACCCAUCCUUCAGGUACUUAUGUUCUACGGUAUGCUUUGUGAACAAAUAAUAAAUUUUUAAACCUGACUUAAAAUUUAAGUCCUCAA